AUGGUGAUUUUUGGAUGGGAGGUAGAAAAUACCUUAACACUAGCAGAUCGAUCAAUCCAGGACAGACUGCGGGAAAUCAAGAUAAUUGGACCGGUCCGAUGUGAAAACGUCGAUGUGGGCAGCAUUAUUGUGCAAGACCGUUACGGUCAGACAAUAUGUAUGGCAGAGGAAGUUAUACAAGCAAUGAAUGAGUCAUUUGAAGAGGUGUCUCCUGGGUUCAUGUGUGACCAUUGUGAACAGAUGCUUCUAUCUGGUCCAGGCUUGGACAGACAUACAAAGAAAGUCCAUGGUACCGGAAACGCGUCGUACAAGUGUGGCAUAUGCUCUGCCAUGUUCAUGGAGAGAGGGCAUUACAUGGGGCAUAUAAAUGUCCAUGCAGACGUGAAGCCAUAUAAGUGCUCCAAGUGUAAUAGGGCAACAUAUGCAUACAGAUCCUCGUUACCGCGUCAUCGCAAGGUAUGCACGGGACCAAAAGAACCAGAGAAGGGCACCACACCAUACACUUGCAACUUGUGCGACUACAAAACACCCCGGAAAGACACUUUGAAAGAACAUAUUUCAGCUAAACAUAAUCAGGAGAAGCGCUACGGUUGUAAAGUAUGCAACAAGCAUUUUAAAUACAGGUCCAGUCUAUCCAAACACAGGUCAACUCAUUAA